AAGCCGCCUACUGCUGGCUAGUGCAGACAGCCGACAGUGUUGCCACACCCCGUGACAUGUAAUGACGUCAUUUACAUGGUGCAACAACAUUUAUUACACGAAUUGCAGGCGCCUGCCUGUGGCAUGGGCGUUUAUAUAGAAAACGCGCGGAUAAUUCAUAAAUCAACCGAAGAGACAAGAUGGAAGCGAAAAGUGUUUCUGCGUCGGGUAGUUUUUUUAACAAGGGUGUGGCCAACAAAGGUUUCGUAAACUUCAUGAGAAGCUACAGUCGGCAAAAUUAUGGCCUUGACGUAGUUGCCAUAUCUGUGCAAGGCAGCAAGGCUUGGAAUAAGCUCACAUACAAGCAAAAGGAUAAAUAUCGUACGCUAGACCUGGCACGAAACGCCAUGUCAGAGAUGUACACCGAUGCCUGCUGUCCAAUGCGGCGCAAGAGCAAACCUUGCUGUCCAAAGCCGCGCAAGCGCAAACCUUGCUGCCCGCCGCCAAAGCCCAGAUGUCCGGUGCGCAGGUGUAGACCCUGUUGCCGACCCAAAUGUUCCAAGCCGAAGCCCAGAUGCUGCAAGCCGAAGCCCAGAUGCUGCAAGCCGAAGCCCAGAUGCUGCAAGCCGAAGCCCAGAUGCUGCAAGCGCAAGCCCAGAUGCUGCAAGCCUGCGAAUCCCUGUGCCAGGCGUAAAUGCCGAAAGCCGGUUAUAGCUCCGUUAACAAAUAAUGGUUACUUGAACUUCAUGAAUCUCUUUCGACGCAAAUACGAUCAUCUAGAACCCAAAGAUUUAGUUGUUAAAGGAGCAAAAGCUUGGUGCAGAAUGUCUGAGUACAAAAAGGAUCGCUUCCGCCGUCAAAGCCGUACUGCAUUAACUCUGUAAGCUUCAGCCUUGGACUUGCCCGAAAAUUCCAAGGCCCACCUUACCAGCGACACCUGCCAGGAUACAGUCAAUACACCAAAUAUUCGAUGACAUCUGCAUUGCCUGGGAUGGUCUUUUUAUGCAAAAUUUCAUGUUUAGUUUUAACUUUUAGAAACUCCCAUUUGUUUUUUAAAUAAAAAUUUUAAUGAAAUGUCA